AUGAAAAAUGCUGUCGAAGAAGCUUGCAAGAAAUCAAAUGGACGUAAAAUUACUGCUAGUGGCGAUGGUACUUGGCAAAAGCGUGGCUUUUCAAGUUUACAUGGAGUCGUAGAAGUUUUGUCUAAUGGACCUACUGCAAAAGUUUUAGAUUUGGGACGAUUAUCAAAGAAAUGUUCGAUUUGUACAGGUCUACUGAGCAUUAAAUAUUCAGAUCCAAAACAAUAUUCAGAAAUUAAAAAUAAACAUCAAUGUGAAGUAAAUCACGUCGGCUCAUCCGCAUCCAUGGAAGUUGCUGGAAUUCAUCGUUUAUUUGCACGUUCUAAAAUGCUGUGCAACGUAAAAUAUGCACAUUAUAUCGGAGAUGGAGACGCAAAAGUCUUUCCUAAGCUAAUUAGUGAUCCUCCAUACGAAGAUGUAUCGAUUACAAAGAUAGAAGACGUGAAUCAUUUUUCAAAAAAGAUGCUACAUCGUCUUCAGAAGAUUGCAGAAUCUCUGAAAAAAAACAAUAUUGAUGGUAAACUUGGUAUACGUGGUUCGGGUCGAAUGAUUAAAAAAAUGAUGAUUAACUUUAAACAUUAUUAUCGCCUAGCUAUUGUAAGAAACAAAACAAAUCUCGAUGAUAUGGUGCGUGCAGUUUGGGCCAUUUGGAAACAUAAACCUUCUUCGAACUCAGAGCCACAUCAUGAAUGGUGUUCACCAAGUUAUUGUGGGUAUUUACAAGCAUUAGAGAAAGGUGAAGAGUAUGAUCAUACGCCACAUAGUUUGCCGUUAAAAAUAAUGAAAGCAAUUCGAUCGGCUUUUGAAGAAUUAGCUCAUCCUGAUACUUUGAAGAGAGUUCGCAAUGGUGGUUCUCAAAACGCGAAUGAAAGUUUUCAUUCGAUUUUAUGGAGUUUAGCACCCAAGAACCGUUACAGUACAGGUGUUAUGAUUGAUCUAUGUGUCGCAAUGGCUGUUUCAUUUUAUAAUGAUGGCUAUCAGUCAAUAAUACCGGUUCUAGCAGAAUUAACAGGAAACACUGGAUUUUUCACAAGAGUGGGCAUGAAGAGACUCGAUGAACGUCGCAUAUAUUAUGAGCAUAAAAGAAAAAGGAAAGCUGUACAAAAAUCCAAACAAAAUGAAGAAGCAUCUGAUUCGCUAAGUGAUCGAAUGAGUGUUGAUGAUAAUAGAGAUGAUCAAUUAGAUGACUCAUAUAUUCCUGGUGCAUAUUGA